CUUAAUGGGUCUUAAACCUUGUGUCUUUCAGUAUUUAUGGCAGUUGGAGCUUCAAUCGCUGUUCGCUUAGGAACCCACCCUGACUGGCUCUUUUUCUGCUCCUUCAUUGGAAUGUUCAUGUUUUAUUGUGCUCAUUGGCAAACUUACGUUUCAGGCGUGUUGAGGUUUGGAAAAGUGGAUGUAACUGAAAUUCAGGUAGCUUUAAUAAUCGUCUUCAUGUUGUCUACAUUUGGAGGAGCAACAAUGUGGGACUACACGAUACCCAUUCUAGAAAUAAAAUGGAAGAUCUUUCCAGUUCUUGGAGUAGUGGGUGGAGCAAUAUAUUCCUGUUCAAAUUAUUUCCAUGUUAUCCUCCAUGGUGGUGUUGGCAAGAAUGGAUCCACGAUAGCAGGCACUAGUGUCUUAUCACCUGGACUCCACAUAGGACUAAUUAUUAUACUGGCAAUAAUGAUCUAUAAGAAGUCUGCAACUAAUGUGUUUGAAAAACAUCCUUGUCUUUAUACCCUAAUGUUUGGAUGUGUCUUUGCUAAAGUCGCACAAAAAUUGGUGGUAGCUCAUAUGACCAAAAGUGAACUGUAUCUUCAAGACACUGUGUUUAUUGGGCCAGGUCUUUUAUUUUUAGACCAGUACUUCAGUAAUUUUAUAGAUGAAUAUGUUGUCUUAUGGAUAGCAAUGGUCAUUGCUUCAUUUGAUAUGAUGACAUACUUUAGUGCUUUGUGCCUGCAAAUUUCAAGACACCUUCAUUUAAGUAUCUUCAAGACUUCAUGUCAUCAAGCACCUGAACAGGUUCAAGUCCUUUCUUCAAAGAGUCAUCAGAAUAACAUGGACUGAAGAGACUUUCGAACACUUGCCAUCUCUUGCUGCUGCUGUUAUAUGAAAAGAGAUAUUAAACAUUUGUUUAAUAUUUAGUUAUGUGUUACGCAUAUUUCAGCAAAUAAAAUAUUUCAAUGCCUAAAUUAAA